AUGUUCAUGGUUGUAUUUGCUGUAAUAUGGAUUCAGGAAUUUGUUGGACAAAAGGAACAAGCUGUUGAAUGGUAUAAGAAAGGAAUUGAAGAACUGGAAAAAGGAAUAGCUGUCUUAGUAAUUGGUCAAGGUGAUCAGUGUGAACGGGCUCGACGUCUUCAAUCUAAAAUGAUGACAAAUUUGGCAAUGGCCAAGGAUCGCUUGCAGCUUUUAGAGAAGCUGCAGGCAGUUUUGCAAAUUUCCAAGCCGCAAACGGAGGUCUAUAAUGACAGUACUAACCUGGCAUGCCGCAAUGGACAUCUCCAGUCAGAAAGUGGAGCGGUUCCAAAAAAGAAGGAUCCCUUAACACACAUGAGUAAUUCCCUUCCUCGUUCAAAAACUGUUGCAAAAACUGGAUCCACAGGCCUUUCAGGUCACCAUAGAACUCCUAGCUACAGUGGGAUAUCAUCAUCUUCUGUGUCUAGACCAGCACCUAAUCCUGCAGCUUCAACCCACAAGGCGGCUCCUAAAAAUAGCAGAACAAAUAAGCCUUCUACUCCUACCACUGCUCCUCGAAAAAAGAAAGAUUUGAAGAUAUUUAGAAAUGUGGACAGUAAUCUUGCUAAUCUUAUCCUGAAUGAAAUUGUUGAUAGUGGUCCAGCUGUCAAAUUUGAUGAUAUCGCAGGGCAGGAACUGGCUAAACAAGCUUUGCAAGAAAUUGUUAUCCUUCCUUCGCUUAGACCUGAGUUAUUUACAGGACUUAGAGCUCCUGCACGUGGAUUAUUGCUGUUUGGCCCACCGGGAAAUGGGAAGACAAUGUUGGCCAAAGCAGUUGCUGCAGAAUCAAAUGCUACUUUCUUUAAUAUAAGUGCAGCAAGUCUAACUUCAAAAUAUGUGGGUGAAGGGGAGAAACUGGUGCGUGCUCUAUUUGCAGUAGCCAGAGAACUUCAGCCUUCUAUAAUUUUUAUUGAUGAAGUUGAUAGCCUAUUGUGUGAAAGACGAGAAGGUGAACAUGAUGCUAGUAGGCGUCUAAAAACAGAAUUUUUAAUAGAAUUUGAUGGUGUGCAGUCUUCUGGAGAGGACAGAAUACUUGUGAUGGGAGCAACAAACAGGCCACAGGAGCUUGAUGAUGCUGUUCUUAGACGAUUCACCAAACGGGUAUAUGUGUCUUUACCAAAUGAGGAAACAAGAUUGAUUUUGCUAAAAAAUCUUCUAAGCAAACAAGGAAGUCCAUUGACCCAAAAAGAGUUGGCACAACUAGCUAGAAUGACAGAUGGAUACUCUGGAAGUGAUUUAACAGCAUUAGCAAAGGAUGCAGCACUGGGCCCUAUUCGAGAAUUAAAACCAGAACAGGUGAAGAACAUGUCUGCAAGUGAGAUGAGAAAUAUCAGACUGUCAGAUUUCACUGAAUCUUUGAAGAAGAUAAAGCGUAGUUUGAGCCCUCAGACCCUGGAAGCAUAUAUUCGCUGGAACAAGGACUUUGGAGAUACCACGGUGUGAAACACUACUUGAAGUGAAACAAAGUGUUGCUUAAGGAGAAGUUGGUACAGACUACUGGAAAGCAGCCAGAGUUUACAGGACUUUACAGAUCAUUAAGUAUCUGCAUUAAAACUUGAGAUUAAGAAAAAAUUAUACAAUGUGAAAUGUGUUCAUCGAAGCCUCCUUGCCAUUUACUGAGGAUUUACACACUGUAAGUAGGAGCACAACAGGACUUGAGAUAAGAUUUCUAGCAAUCCGAUUAUGGUUUGAACAAUAUGUAUUUCAUUUCAGCUAGAAGGCCCUGAUGAUAUUGAUCAUUGGAAAACCUUUUCCCUAUGUUGUGUGUGUGUUUUUUUGUUUUUAAUUUUGCCAUGACAUUGAUGUCUGGCUUUCUUCAUGUUAACUACUAACUUACAAUUGGAGGUUUGUAAACUUUGGUUCAGUUUUUGACUUUUUUUUUUAUCCUUAAUGUGCCAAAUAAAACUACUUCCCUAUGCAGAGAGGAAGAACAGCAACGGGGAACUGUGAUUAUUAAAAUGUAAAAAGCAGCUGGUCUGUUAUUAUUUGUCUUUUUGUUUAGUUGUAAUGUGACUGUAUUGUUCACAGAACAGUUUUAAAGAUGACCUUUGAUAGCAGAACAGCAAAAAACCGCAACCUUAUAAAACCAAUUCAAGCUGUCUUUUUAAAAAAAAAUACUAAAUAAAAAAAUAGACUAAGACAUUCAUUUACUGGCAGUAUUUUCUCUUAAUGCAUUUUGUAACGCAUUGGUAGAAUGUUAGCUUACGCUUAUGGUGUACAACUUGAAGCCCAGCUUAUGUUUGGAGAGUAAGUGAUGCUAAUUGUCAAGUUUCAGAAAUGACGUGUUUCUACUCUGUAUUUUGGUCUAUUUAUGAUAAUUGAAAGUAAAAUUUCCAUUGUGAUAAUUUUUUUUAAUCUACACAUGUAAACAUUAAAAUAUGAGGCUACAUGUUUAAUACAUGGCACACAUUAAUGUUUUUAUAGCUUUCAUAUGUUUUGGUUUAUAUAUUAAAAGUAUGAAACACUCAACUGAUCUGCUUUUUUAAAAAGAAACUGCAUCUUUGUACAAAUACUUGUUUUUAUUACAUAAAUGACAAGCUAUUAAAAAAACACUUAAGUGAUAGCCUUUAAAUACUAUAAUAAAGAAAAACAUCUUUGCCUUUACUUCUAAAGGCCUGACAUCUCGUUUACAAAUUGUACAUGGAUUAAACGCAGAUGUUUGCAAGGCGGAACACUAGUUCCUUGCUAGACAGGUUUGUGAGGUUUUUUGGUUUUGUUUGGGUUUGGUGGUUUGGUUUUUUUGUGGUUUACAACUCCCUGAACUUGGUGAUAAUACAAAAAUGCACAUUGUUUACAGUUUAAACUAAAUUGAGUUAUAAGCUUUGUUUGCUUUUGGUCUUAACAGAAAA